AUCACACAGAACAGUCAACAGAAGAAACAGAGAAAUGAAAACAAUAACACACACAUUCACUUCCGUACAUUUGUCUUUCUCUCUCUCGCAACGUCGUGUUCUCCUCUAUCUCUCUCCUCUCACUCCUCUAUUUCCCUCUUCUCUUGACUUCCUCUGAUCAUCAUCAUCAUCUCAAAUGAAUUCACUAGAACAAGACGAGGAGUCGUCGGCUUCUCUCGUCGCUGCUCCUCCGCAUCGCAAGGCUCAAUCAUUCAGCCAACAAUUCGACCAGAAGCCUCACCAUCAAAUCCGCAAACACAGCCUCGACGAUAAGGUCCCUAGAUCCUCCACGCUGGCGACAACCGAAGCCGCCGUCUACUUCGACUCCUCCGACGACGAAUUCUCCACCGGAGGAGCCAUCUUCAGCGGCGGAGACAGCUUCUGCGACGGAAGCAGCAGCGUCGGCGAGGAUUACUCCGUCGUCACUCCUCCUCCCAACGUCCUCGCCGGAGACGACGACGACGACGAGCCGCUCCCGGAGUUCAUCGGAGCGGGAGGCGGCGCCGGGAUAUUCAAAAUUCCGGUACGCGCGGCGGUUCAUCCCGGAAGGCCGCCGUGUCUGGAGCUGAGGCCGCAUCCGCCGAGGGAGACGCAGGCGGGGAGGUUCUUGAGGAGCAUCGCUUGCACGGAGACGCAGCUAUGGGCUGGCCAAGAGAACGGCGUGAGGUUAUGGAGUUUAGAAGAUGCUUACGUGGCGGGGCGUGGGGCCGGCGGGCAGGUACAGCGAGGGGAUGAGGAUACGGCGCCGUUUUGUGAGUCUGUUGCUACUUCCCCUACUUUGUGUUUAGUGGCUGACCAAAGCAACAAGAUUUUCUGGAGCGGACACAAGGAUGGGACGAUCCGGGCUUGGAACAUGGACCAGCAUCAUGAUGAUUCAGAUCCGUUCAAGGAGCGAAUCUCGUGGCAAGCUCAUCGCGGUCCAGUGAACUCCAUUAUCAUUAGCUCUUAUGGUGAUAUGUGGUCAUGUUCUGAAGGAGGUGUGAUCAAAAUAUGGCCUUGGGAUUCGUUAGAGAAAUCUCUUCUCCUAAAACCUGAGGAGAAACAUAUGGCUGCCUUGUUUGUGGAGGGCUCUGCCAUUGACCUUAGGAGCCAAGUUACUGUUAACGGGACAUGCAGUUUAUCUUCCUCAGAAGUCAAGUUCUUGUUAGCCGAUUCUGUAAGAGCUAAAGUGUGGGCUGUGCAGUCACUCUCCUUCUCUAUCUGGAAUGCUCGGAGUAAGGACCUUUUGAAAGUUUUCAACGUUGACGGUCAAGUCGAGUGUCGUGUAGACAUGCCGCAUAUACAAGACCAACAAGUUGAAGACGAGAUGAAAAUGAAAGACGAGAUGAAAAUGAAGUUCUUCUCAGCUUUCAGAAAGGAGAAACCACAUGGGUUUCUACAGAAAUCACGUAACGCCAUAAUGGGAGCUGCUGGAGCUGUACGAAGAGUCGCCUCUAGAAGCGCAGGAGCGUUUAUUGAAGACACAAGGAAAACAGAAGCGAUCGUCUUAGCUUCAGACGGAACUAUUUGGACAGGAAGCAUGAGCGGUCAAAUAAUCCAGUGGGAUGGUAACGGAAACCGCUUGAGGGAUGUGAAUCACCACCACAGGCCUGUUUUGUGCUUUUGCACGUUUGGUGAUCGGAUCUAUGUUGGUUACGCAAGCGGAUACAUCCAGGUAUUGGAUGCUGAUGGGAAGUUGAUUGCGAGCUGGGUUUCGCAUAACGAACCUGUGGUGAAGCUAGCAGCUGGUGGUGGUUUUAUUUUUAGCUUGGCUAGUCAUGGUGGAGUACGAGGAUGGUAUGUGACGUCUCCAGGACCAAUGGAUAAUAUAAUCCGAACUGAGUUGUCUCAGAAGGAGAGUUCUUAUGCUAGACAAGACAAUGUUAGGAUUUUGAUUGGUACCUGGAAUGUUGGACAAGGACGGGCUUCACACCAUGCGCUUAUGUCGUGGUUGGGUUCUGUCACUUCAGAUGUUGGCAUUGUUGUUGUUGGGUUGCAAGAAGUGGAGAUGGGAGCAGGUUUCCUUGCCAUGUCUGCUGCUAAGGAAACGGUUGGACUUGAAGGAAGUGCUGUGGGGCAAUGGUGGAUUGAUGCAAUUGGAAAAGCACUUGAUGAGAAUAACACUUUUGAGCGUAUGGGUUCAAGGCAGUUGGCUGGACUUCUGAUAUCUCUUUGGGCGAGGAAGGAGAUUAGAACACAUGUUGGAGAUCUUGAUGUUGCAGCAGUUCCAUGUGGCUUUGGCCGUGCCAUAGGAAACAAAGGAGGUGUUGGUCUGAGAAUCAGAGUUUAUGAUCGAAUAAUCUGCUUUGUCAACUGCCACUUGGCUGCACAUUUGGAGGCAGUUAACCGCAGAAACGCUGAUUUCAAUCAUAUAUUUAGAUUAAUGGUAUUCUCACGAGGACAUAAUCUAAGUAACGCAGCAGCUGCUGGUGUCUCAACUGCAUCUUAUACACUCAAGACUACCACUAGUCCAAGCAUUGGCACUGAAGAAGCCAAGUCUGAUUUAGCAGCAGCAGACAUGAUCGCAUUUUUCGGCGAUUUUAACUAUAGGCUGUUUGGUAUAACCUAUGAUGAAGCGAGAGACUUCAUCUCGCAGCGGUCCUUUGACUGGCUCAGAGAAAGAGACCAACUUAGACAAGAGAUGAAGUCUGGAAAAGUCUUCCAAGGAAUGCGUGAGGCAUUAAUCACUUUCCCUCCCACUUACAAGUUCGAAAGGAACCGUCCAGGCCUAGGAGGAUAUGACUCAGGGGAGAAAAGGAGAAUACCCGCAUGGUGUGACAGAGUUAUAUACAGAGACACUCAAUCAAGUCCAUUCUCAAAGAGCAACUUGCAGUGUCCUGUAGUUUCAUCGGUUAUAAUGUACGAAGCUUGCAUGGAUGUUACUGAGAGCGAUCAUAAACCCGUGCGCUGCAAGUUUCAUGCGACCAUAGCUCAUGUUGAUAAAUCUGUGCGGAGACAGGAGCUGGGGAAUAUAAUAAGGUCCAACGAGAAGAUAAGAUCCAUACUCGAGGAUCUGAAAUAUGUUCCGGAGACAAGUGUGAGCACCAACAACAUUGUACUUCAGAGUCAGGACACAGUCAUUCUAACAAUCACAAACAAUUCAACCACAAGCAAAGCUAUUUAUAAUAUUCUCUGUGGUGGUCAGACUAUAGUUAGAGAUGAUGGUGGAGAAGAGUCUGACUAUAAUGCUAGAGGCUCUUUUGGUCUACCUCGCUGGCUUGAGGUUUCACCAGCAGGUGGGGUAAUUAAACCAGAAGGAUCAGUGGAUGUGAGAGUUCAUCACGAAGAAUUUUACACAUUGGAAGAGUAUGUUGAUGGUAUCCCACAGAAUUGGUGGUGUGAAGACGCUCGAGAUAAAGAAGCAAUCCUGAUGGUGAACAUUAGAGGAAGCUGCUCAACUACAUGGAAAACCCACUCUGUUAAAGUCCGUCACUGCUACUCGGCAGAGUAUGUCUCCUUGAUUCCAAACCCCACAAACCUAACAAAGAACCUAGGCGGUUCUCAUCGUCAUCCAACAGAUAUUAGCCAUGCUGGAAGUAGUACUAGCCGGGGUAAAAGCCGAUGAUGAGCUCUUGUAGCACUGACACUUUAUAACUAGGUCUUAGAGCUGAUGAACAACAAAGCCAUCACAAAGCAAAACGCAUGAGGUGAAGCAUUAAUGUUUUUAUUCAUUCUUUGGAGAAUCCAUUUUAUGUCAGAAACUGUAGAUAUGCUUCGAGACCACUCGUCAUGAAUUCAACUUUUUUUUAAAUCUCCUCAUUUGAAUCUAAAUGGUUUAAGUA